AUGGCAGACUACUCCGUAUUCGCAAACCCCGACUUUGACCCAAAUGAAUACGCGAAUGCGAUUCUAGCAGGGGAACCCUAUCCAGCCAGCUCCUCAGAUCAUCCUGGCAAAGGAGGUCAUACAAAGUCGUCAACGGCAGCGUCCAAGGGAACGUACCAGGACUCUAUUGGCAAAGAGGACAUCUCUGUAGCUAUAUCCAAGCUCACAUUCGGCAUCGACGACGUCUCGAAGCAGAUCAAAAGCCUGGUAUAG